GCCUGACAGUGACAGCCAGCUGGCUUGGUUGGAUGGAUUGAGGUUAUUUAUUUUAAUUUCCUUUUUUACGUAGGUAGGUACUUACGUUUUACAAAUUGGUAAACACAGAUUAAUUGAAAAUUAGGCGAUUAAAUAGAAAUGGCUUUAUACCGAAAUAUCCGAUCGUUGUUCAAUAGAAUUGUAUUGUUUGAUGCACGAAACAAUGUCAGAUUUUUUUCUGAUCAACUCGAUGAAGCAGGUGAAACGGAAAGUGAACAAACACCAGUAGACCCUACUAAAGAUAGGACAAAAAUAAUACCCGUUGAAACAAGUAUGAGAUAUCUGGAAAGUAAAGCUUACCAACAAGCUUAUGGUGUAAAUCCAGUCUGGGUGCUAUACCGCCGUAAUCAUAAGGGACAAUUUGCUCCAAGGAAGACAAGAAAGUCGUGUGUCCGUAAUGGAGUAAUAUCUACAGGAAAUCCGUGCCCUAUUUGCCGUGAUGAGUACUUGGUUUUAGACCACCGUAACACGAAAUUAUUACAGCAGUUUAUAUCACAGUAUACUGGACAGAUAUUGGAUGCAUUCAAUACAGGACUUUGUCGGAAAAAGCAAAAGGAAUUACUUGUAGCUAUUGAAAGAGCAUGGGAUCAGGGGUUGCUGACAUAUGAUGUUCCUUUCAGGGAAUAUGAUUAUUCUUUAUAUUAUAAUGAAAACAAUGUUUCUUAAUUCUAAGUAGCUAUAUAUUUGAAUUAGUAUUUGUUUAAUAAAUAAAAUAUUGGUACUCUAUA